GAUUGUUGAAGGUAGCGAGCCUGAAAGAUAGUGUGAGCGAACAGUUGUAGUGAGUGAGGAUGCCGUCAAGCACGACAGCCAAGCAGGGCGUGGAGGCCAAGGCCGCUGCGGCAGAGCGACGACGAACCAACAAACCCAUCAUGGAGAAGAAAAGACGACAGAGAAUAAACGACUGUCUUAAUCAACUGAAGAACCUGGUGCUGGAAGGACUAAAGAAAGACCCGUCUCGCUACAACAAGCUGGAGAAGGCGGACAUCCUGGAGAUGACGGUGCGACACGUGCAGCAUCUCCACCGCCACGAGUCGGCCCUCUCCCGUCAGCCCCCCGUCGACGCCGCAGCCAAGUUUCGUGCAGGCUUCGGUCAAUGCGCGGCAGAGGUUGGCAAGUUCUUGGAGCAGGACACUACACUAAGUGGAGGUCAGCGAUCCCGUAUACUCCUACACCUAGCAGACGCCAUGGCAAGUCUACGCAACACCAAGUCCCAAACCUCAGACGUGUCGAGCAGCAGCGAACCUCAUCACGCCCCUCACCCAGCUCCCAUCGAUCCUUUGGUUGUCCGAGGAGUGUCCCUAGUCCCCACUCGUCUCCUGACUGGCCAGAUGGCUUUCGUCCUUCCUCACGGCGUCACGGGGACGAUAGCCAGUCCUUCAGGAGAGCUGCACCACGCCCCUCCUUCACCUCCACCAAGUGCUGCGUCUCCUUCCCUCUCCUUGGCGUCAUCCCCUCCACCGUCCCCCUGCAGGAGCCCGUCUCCCCAGCCAUUAGACCUCGCCCCCAUCCGCAACCCUGAGGAUGAAUGCUGUUGGCGCCCCUGGUAAGCUGCGGGAAGGACUCCCCUGGCUGGUACUGUGUCACAAGGACCCACAAAGCUUGAGCCACGGGUCAGCAGCACCUGUACCAGCCACAACACCAGAGUCACCAUGACGCUGUAUCAAGUUACAAACAUUGGCAUCUGUUGCCUCAGAACGACAGUUUUAAUCCUAGUACAACAAGUCAAGACAUGAAACGACACAUUCAACCAUAGAGAAUUAUUGUCUCGGACACAGACGACAACACCGGCGGUCAGGUAACAACAAUAAGAAGGAGAAGUUUUAGCUGUGAUCGCCGGGCCUGACGCGACCUCUCACCCAUAGUACAAAACACUGACUCACACGACGAGGUCCACUCACGACAAGAGACGAAAUAUAUUGUUAUCUAUGUGUUAUCCAAUAUGGACAUUUAUAUGAUAAAAAAUUCUGUGAUAUAUUUAGAUUUAGUCAUUCCAGUGAUUUAAAAUAGUACAAAGUGUAAUAAAGGUUUUAUUUGA